CAUCAAAAUGUCCGUCUCUCGCUAAUAUAGUAUCCCCCUUCGUGUCGUCGACUCAGAAGGUCCCUCCUUAAUUUUCAUGCUCCCGAUUUACCCCUCUCCGUAUUUCUUGGAUCCGACCUCCGGCGAGAACUCACCUGUCUUUCGCGCUUUCUCAGCCGUCGUCACCAUGGCUGACUUCAACGAUGGUGGAAUGGAUGCUGUUCAGAGACGACUCAUGUUUGAGGACGAAUGCAUCCUCGUUGAUGAAAAUGAUCGUGUGGUGGGCCAUGACACUAAGUACAACUGUCAUCUGAUGGAAAAGAUUGAAGCUGAGAAUUUGCUUCACAGGGCUUUCAGUGUCUUCUUAUUCAACUCCAAAUAUGAGUUGCUUCUCCAGCAAAGGUCAAAAACAAAGGUUACUUUCCCACUUGUGUGGACAAACACUUGUUGCAGCCAUCCUCUUUACCGUGAAUCUGAGCUGAUUGAAGAGAACGUUCUAGGUGUAAGAAAUGCUGCACAAAGAAAGCUUCUGGAUGAGCUCGGUAUUGUAGCUGAAGAUGUACCAGUGGAUGAGUUCACUCCCUUGGGACGCAUGCUUUACAAGGCCCCUUCUGAUGGCAAAUGGGGCGAGCACGAACUUGACUAUCUACUUUUCAUCGUCCGGGAUGUGAAGCUUCAACCAAACCCAGACGAAGUGGCUGAUAUCAAGUAUGUGAGCAGGGAGGAGCUAAAGGAGCUGGUGAAGAAAGCAGAUGCAGGUGAUGAUGAUGAAGCUGUGAAACUGUCUCCAUGGUUUAGAUUGGUGGUUGACAAUUUCUUGAUGAAGUGGUGGGAUCAUGUUGAGAAAGGAACUCUCGCUGAAGCUGCUGACAUGAAAACCAUUCACAAGCUCUAAAACUUUUGGAUCUUCCUCUUUCUCUCUAUUGAUUAUUGAUAAAACUAUCAACAAGAUCUCCUCCUGGGUUUUUUGUAUUUCUAAAUUGUUUGAAUCCAAACAAAGAUUUUAAUAUAUUUUUUUUUACUUCUUGAGAAACAGUUUACAACAAAAGUAAAAAAAACAAGUCAAGACACAAACAUAAAAGUAAGAAGACAGAGAGCAAAUAUACAAAAGGUGGAGACACUAAAAAUAAAGACUACAUGAUUGUCAAGUAAUCUCAUGAUUCCUUUCUCUAAAGCUUCACCACUACCUUUGAUCUGAUCUAUACCAAAACUCCUUCUCUAGUUUUCGAUACUGUUCUCUUUCUAAAGUUACCUACUUUCUGGUCUGUAAUAGUAAACACUGUAAAGAGUUUUGUUUCUGCAUCUGAGUUUGGUCUGAUCCAG